UGCCAAGUUGAGGUCUAUACAUUUGUGUGUAUUUAAAGCAGUAAUUAAAUUUUUAAUGAGGUUUUUGUAUUAAUGUUGUUGUUGUUGUUGUUGUUGAUGUUGUUGAUGCAAUAAUAGUAAUAGUAGUAGUAGUAAUAAUAAUAAUAAUAAUAAUAAUAAUAAAUUAUAAUUUUUUGACCGUUGUUAGUGUAAGUGCAAUAAUUAAUUUAUUCUAUUCAUUUUAACAUGCCAUAUGCAUAAGCAUAAUAAAAAUAUGAAGGCAUAAUAAUAACAACAACAACAAUAAUAAUAAUAAUUAUUAUUAUAACAAUAAUAAUAAUAUAUUAUUCCACAAGUUUGUUUAUGCUGAUCAGUGAACCUGCAUUAACUAGCGAACACUUGAAUAGUUUAUAAAUAAAAAAAAACUUGUUCAUCAUCGUCGUCGUCUUCUUCAUCAUCUUCAAAUAUACCAUUACAACCCGUUAAACACGCACACACAUACACACACACACACACACACACACACACACACGUCAUUAUAUCGGCAUCCAAAACCGUAUCUCACAUACCGAUAAAAAACCGUAUCACUUCAUUUUUAUAGUGGAUCGACAACCGACAGACAAAAUUCCAUCUCCACUGAAACUAAACCGCGGUCGCUGCAGCGGUCUACAAAACUUUUUUUUCCGUCUCGGCGACAGCCUAAAGUCCAGCAUGACUCGUCUCCUAGAAGAUGUGAAACACUUUAAAUUUUGGAGGUGUCUAUUGGCUGAAUUUGUGGGGUCGAUGGUUUUGGUGCUGGUCGGUUGCGGGGCUUGGAUUCACACCCCGAACCAAGAGCACCCUGAUUCGGUCAGGAUUGCCCUGGCCUUUGGACUGACGUACACUGCGCUGCUCUAUGUUUUCAAGUCAAUCAGUGAAGGUCAAAUAGUCAGCUCAGUGACCUUGGCAUUACUGGCGACAAGACGAACAAGCGUGAUGCGGUCACUGCUUUAUUUAGUGGGUCAGUUGUUGGGGGCUGUCCUAGGGGCAUCCUUCGUCUUCGGGGUCACAAGUUUUGAGCAGAGGAACUCUACCUACCACCGGAUUGAAAGCCAUGCGUUCGGGGUGGAAUUUUUCGCCACGUUUUUCUUCGUCUUCGUCUUCUUCGCCUGCUACGACAAGAAAGCACCGGAGGAUGGAGGCGUGCCAGAAAGCGUCUGCCCCUUCCUCAUAGGAGUAACAUUCGCGGCCGCAUCGCUCUUUGCUAUACCGUUUUCUGGUGCAAGUAUGAACCCCUCGAGAAGUUUCGGGCCGGCUCUGAUUGGCGGAGUUUGGAGCAAACAUUGGGUCUACUGGUUCGGCCCAAUCCUUGGCGGGGUAUUCGGAGGGGCCCUCUACGAUCUCUUCUUCUCACAAAAAGCAUCCUUCGAGCGCCUGAAAUCCUGCUUCCUUGUCUUCCACAGAAAGGAAACGCCACAGCAGCAGCAGCAACAGCAGCAGCCGAUAAACCACCAGGGCGGUGAUGAAGAGGAUGAGAGACGAGAUGUAGAAGCAGGGCUAAAACACCACGCCCGGAACUACCAGCCAAUCAUAACAGCAAAACCCCCGAAACCACCAAAAUCAGACGGGCCGAAAAGAGGAAUAAGAUUUCAUCAGCCCCUUCUUUCGCAACACCCCCCUCCUCCAUUACCACCUCCACCCAAUUUCUCCAGUGGCCACCAACCGACAUGUCUGCACUCUGCCAAAAUUAAAAGUCACUUCACUAAAUCUCCUAAUCUGACGGACUCCCCCAACUACGCUAAUGUCUCUUACGAAGAUUUCCUCAAGUCAACUAGCAAGGAAAGCGCUGUUCAGUGUAAUUGCGCUGUGCCGUAUUGA